AUGGUGCUGAGUGCUUACGCGAUGGAGAGCGCGAGUCUCGGCGUGCGGUACUUCGAGUGGCUCAGGCCGCGGUCACCGCGGGCAUCCUCGCCGUCAUCGGUGCCGGCCUCGCUCUCGUCGCCGUCGAGUGAUUUCCUGGUGCCCGGCAAAGAUCAUCCAAGCACCAUGAUGUGCCUGCCGCUCCUCGGCAGGGUCGGGGCUGGGGAGGAGACGACGAGCGGCGGUACCCCUGUUGGCGCGCAGACGAGCCCUGUCAAAGAGGAGCUGAGCGGUAUUACGGAGGACGCCGGUGUUGACCUGAACAUCGGCUUGCCGGCCGGUGGCGGAUAUAGUUCUGAAGAAGAGGUGCCGCCCAUGGCCAUGUCCAUGGACGAGGAUGAGGAGGAGGAGGAGGAGGAGGUCGAGACUGACGAGGAGGAAGAGGAGAAGCCAAGGUACGAGAGGUGCAAGGUGGAAGCAGGCGUGCACGUUGAACACAGUGAGAUGUUGGUCGAGUCAGUGGAGGGAUCAGACCUUGGAUCCGUGGGCGGGGAAGAGAGCAGCUGCUGCCGCCACCGGCGGUUCUGGAUCCCGACGCCGGCGCAGAUACUCAUCGGCGCGGUGCAGUUCGUCUGCCACGUCUGCAGCAAGACCUUCAAUAGAUACAACAACAUGCAGAUGCACAUGUGGGGCCACGGGCGGGAGUACCGGAAGGGCCCGGAGUCGCUCAAGGGCGCGGCGGGGCAGUCGACCCACGCGGCGGCGCUGGCGCUGCUGCGGCUGCCGUGCUACUGCUGCGCGGCGGGGUGCCGGAACAACGUGGCCCACCCGCGGGCGCGGCCGCUCAAGGACUUCCGCACGCUGCAGACUCACUACCGGCGCAAGCACGGCGCCAAGCCCUUCGCCUGCCGCCGCUGCGCCAAGCCCUUCGCCGUCAAGGGCGACUGGCGCACGCACGAGAAGAACUGCGGCAAGCGCUGGUUCUGCGCCUGCGGCUCCGACUUCAAGCACAAACGCUCCCUCAACGACCACGUCCGCUCCUUCGGUGGCGGUCAUCACCCCGUCGCCCCCGCCGACGCGGCGGCGGCGCCCGCGCCCGCGCAGCAGCGCAGGGAGCGCAUCAUCCGGUUCGACCAGCAGUGCCACGGUGCCCGUGCGUGA